AUGAUUCCUUGUGUUUAUUUGUUGCUGUUUGUGAUUCACAAUAUUUCAUAUUCUACGAACGUUGUGCUCGGCUUGACACUUCCUGUGCUGGGCCUUGCAAUGAAUCUCAUAUCCUUUUUCAUCAAAGGAGUGUCUGUAUAUCAACAAACAACUGGCAUCUUGGCUAUACAACUAACAAUCCGUUGGAAUAAAGAAAGAAGAGAUUGGGAGCAAAUAGUAACCAAGAGAGCAAGGUUUACGCGACGUGAACGAUCCUACGGAUCUAGGGUCCUAGGACCAUUCUUCCUCGGUAUGAUUCGAACUCUACAGCAAUGUCUAUCAACAAGAUGUAAUCAUGUCAUCAAAUUGUGCAUUGUCAUUACACAUCAUCAUCGCUUUAGUUUUUCAAACUUGGUGAGAUGGAUGCAGUCCUUAUUGACUAAACACAAAAAAAGCGAUGCUUUUGUUGAUGCAAGUACUCAGAAUGUGAGAUUCACCUUUCACCUUUAA